UCGCGCACUCACAUUAAAUCCCGAAUCCGCGCCGGCGCGCGUGCCUAAGCACCACCUCGUUCGGCCCUCCUCGUCCGCGCCCCGGUGCCCCCUCACGCGCGUCUCCCCUGGUCGCGCGAGGGAUUUUUGGAUCGCCACCACCGCGUCGUCCACCGUCACGUGCGCGCGCGAUCGGGUACCGUUCCGUUUGUUUGUCCUUCGACGAGAGUCAGUCAGUCAGUCAGUCAGUCCGUCGGCGGGGUGUCAUCGGGAGAGGAGGAUAUGCCCAUCGUCCGCGUCGCGCCGAGAGACCGAGAGUACGCGUGACUCGCGUGCGUGCGAACCCUGAAGAUCCUGACCGAGAUCCGAGAUACGUAAUAUACAUAAGUAGGUAUAUUACGGAUCUAGGGAUUGCGAAAAUCGGCGCGAGUUACGUGAUCAUACGGGAAUUGAUGCAUACGGAAUCGCGCGCGAGGCGAGGAGGCACGUGACGCCGAUCCGUCGUAUCCUCCAGCUUCCCCCGGUUCCUCGUCGCGGGACCGAUCGGCGCGCAUUGUGCAUCGUACACGUGUGAGGAGGGCACGUUGCAUCCGGACGACCCCACACCUUCCCCUGCCCGCGUCCGUUCGUCAUGCCGAGGAUCUCGACGGCCGCAGCGAUGGAAACAUGAGGACCGUGACAGAUCGCGCAUCCGAUCGACGUAGCUCCACUCCUACCGGCCAUAAAUGACCGAUGUGACGCAACCAGUCGGGAAUAUUUUUAUGCAAAAUGACUCGCGCCCUUGUCCUUCUCUGCAUGGCCAUCAUUCUACCUCUCGUACGAUGCCACAAGAUCCACGAGCACAUGACAAGGGAAGAGAUGCUAUCGGUGUUUUACACGGGACACGAGUCCGUGCCGCCGUACGAAGUCGUGCCUGUGUUGCACACGGUGCAUAAGAGGAGCGUGGACGCGAAACCGCAGAUUCACCUGAAGGCCUUCGGCAAAGAUAUCAGCCUUUCGUUGAAACCCACGGAAGGACUAUUGACGGCCAACAGCCUGCCGAUGUGGACUGUCACCAGGAACGCGUCGCAACCGGACGGCCUUCGUUACGAGAGGGUGAAGGAUGUCGAUGUGGAUAUCGGUGACAUUUAUCAAGACACGGAGAACAUGGCUUCCAUUCUGCUACACCGAGACACGAAUGGGAAAGUGCGCGUUGAUGGAACCAUCGGUUCUGAAUUAGUUAUUCGGCCACUGCCAGAAAGGGUUCUACAAGAAGUAGUGAGCGAAGCGCCAGCCCUUCACGAACCCGAACUACUGCCCAACGUAACUAGUAGCGAGGACUUGGAAAGCACAAGUCAUCAUAUCGUUUUCAGAAAGGUGGAUCGACCCGCCGGCGAUGAGUACAGCGACUUUUCGCUCAUGGAACCCGACCACUUAGCCAAGAAGUAUAGAAUUAAACGUUCGAUCAGUAGCAGAUCGAGGCGCGAAGCACCGUACGUCAUUUACCCGGAAAUCCUUUGCAUUGUGGAUUACGAUGGGUACAGAUUGCACGGCGGCGAUAACGUACAGAUAAAGAGAUACUUUGUGUCCUUUUGGAACGGGGUUGAUCUGAGGUACAAGUUACUGAAGGGGCCAAAAAUACGUAUCAGUAUAGCGGGGAUAAUUAUCUCACGGGGACGAGACGCGACACCGUACUUAGAAAGGAAUCGCGUGGGAAGAGACGCAAUCGACUCGGCAGCCGCUCUGACUGACAUGGGCAAAUAUCUUUUCCGGGAGAGGAGACUUCCUGUAUACGACAUCGCCGUCGCCGUUACAAAAUUAGAUAUGUGCAGGAGGCAAUACGCGAAUGAUGUGUGCAAUAGAGGAACCGCAGGAUUCGCGUACGUCGGCGGGGCGUGCGUCGUGAAUAAGCGCCUCGAGAAGGUGAAUUCGGUCGCAAUCAUCGAGGAUACCGGCGGAUUCAGCGGUAUCAUCGUCGCUGCGCACGAGGUCGGCCACCUAUUGGGUGCCGUUCACGACGGUUCACCGCCGCCCAGCUACCUGGGUGGACCAGGCGCCGAAAAGUGUCGCUGGGAAGACGGAUACAUCAUGAGCGAUCUUAGGCACACCGAGAAGGGCUUCAAAUGGUCCCACUGCAGUGUGUCCUCCUUCCAUCAUUUUCUAAAUGGUGACACAGCGACCUGUUUGUACAAUGCACCUCACGAGGACGAGGCGCUGCCCAGAGUGCUUCCGGGAAAACUCCUAUCCUUAGAUGCGCAAUGUCGGAAAGAUCGUGGGACAAGCGCUUGUUUCAAAGACGAUCGAGUUUGCGCUCAGCUGUUCUGCUUCGACGCCGGAUCCGGAUACUGCGUCGCGUAUCGCCCAGCAGCGGAAGGUUCGCCGUGCGGAGACGGUCAGUACUGCCUGAACGGGAAGUGCGUGGCGGAGCACGAGAACAUAAUACCGGAUUAUACGCAGAACAUUCCGACGUACGUACGCCGAGACAGCAUAUUCAAUUCCGCCUUACAUACUCGGCCGAUAUUCGCUCAUUACAACAACACAGACUACAGGUACCCAGGUUGGGAAUCAACACAAAGCAUACCAUUAUCAAGCGUGUCCACGUCGACACCGACGACAACGACGACGACGACGAUAUCGUGGACAACUAAUCCUUACAAACGCGUCACAAACCCGUUCGCAACCACGGUGUCAAAAUACACGCGGACAAUUAUCAAUAACUUGUACACCGAUCGAUACAAGACUAGAUACAGUAAUAAUAGCAUUUAUGAUAGUAAUAGCGACACUGGUGGCGGCGUCAGCACCACCAGGAGAACCAACAAUUUCUUCAACUCGUAUUACACCGUCAGUACCACUCCGAAGGUCACUUACGAUCCGAAACUUAGUCCGUUCAAGUAUAAGAACACGAUCAGCGUGGAGCUUUCCACGACGACCAAAGGAGAUCAGAACGGCCUUCGAAAUGACGGCCGCGGAACAGAGGCCGGUGAAUGCACGGACGUGGGGUCAGAUUGCGCGGAGCUGAUUGACAGGCUAAGAACAUGGCUGUGCCAUUUACAAUCUGUGAAGAGUCGCUGCUGCGCGUCCCUGAAGACGAUCUGUGCUGACUAAAUAAUGAUAUUAAGGACAAGAAAAAAGAAAUAAAGAACAAGAAAAAUCGAUUUAAUAAUUUACUCGAAGACGUCGCGCUUAGAGACACCCGCCACGGAUGAGGAUUUUAUCGGGCGCCCUGUCGCUUCUCGCCGUCGUAACUCGCAGCAUCCGGAAAAGCGCCGCGUCGGAAUGACAGAAGUUGGGGAAAGAUCUUUCACUCUCGUUUCGUCUCUCUUUCUCUGUAUCUUUCCUUUUUUUGCGGGUAGACGAGAAAAUCUCCGUCGGGUCCUCGUGCGGUUCUUUGAUCGCGACGAUCACAUUCGCCUCUUAAAUGUAGCUCGACUCAGCAAAUGUGUGUCUCACAUACCUCCAGAUGUUCCAAUUCUUGCGAUACGGUACCCGUGGAAAUCUUCACCGAGGUACUGAACGAUGUAGUGAAUCUCUAAAAAGAAGCAGACUGUCAAUCGGUACGAUAGAGAUUUCGUCUGCGUUCAUAUUUAUUCAAUAAGGAGCGAUCUCGCGAAAGACUCGUUACACAGGCACAGGUGCGUCGUGCGUAUAUCUCUCGCGAACAUAAAAACGCGCGCGAGUGCGCGCGGAUAAAGCCAUUUGGAAAUUACAGAAAUUGUAUAACGCAAGACAAUAAAUGGGAAUAAUUAAAACA